AUGUCGGCGUUCAAACCGCUCAAAAAAAUUACUUCGCCGACGAACGCACCCGCGCACGUUUGGAGUCCGCCGUCCAGCGGACAAUCGAGUCGCGCCGCCUCCUUCGAAUCCACCCAAGUUCAAUUCGGGUCCUCCCCCGUCGAUGACGUUCGUUCCCCAACAAACUUACGCGCCUCCACUGAACUCCGGGUUCCCCGUCAAGUCCAUCCCCAGCCAAAGCGACCUCGCGGCUCCCGAGCUCGUCAAGAAGUUCGACGCGCCGAGGCCCGCGUACGAUCCCCCGACACAAGCCUACCGGCACCCUCCGACUUGCGUUCCGCCUUCGCCGCCGUACAAUUCCUCGAAACCGUCUUUGGACUCGCAAAAGAUAGACGCCCAGAGGCUGCAAAUAGAAUUUUACGAGAAACAGAUUCGCGAAAAGAACCGUCGCGACGCCACAGCACACCGGCAGAAGGCGCCCGCACCCCCCCAGCCCUACACCGUCACCGACUACACCCCCGCAAACCUAGUGUCGACGUUCGUGCCGCUGCACCAAACGCCCGACAUCGAGAAGGCGCGCGCGCACAAGGUAGACUACCUGCCCGACGUCGUCAUGAACGAGACCGGCCCCUACGGACGCGUCGCCUCGCCGACGGCGGCCGACCGACCCGCUCGGGCUUACGCGCCCAAGGCCAAAGCGACGGGCUACGCGCAAGCGGCCCCCCAUCUGAUAAACGGCGACGCCGGUCACGCGCAAGACGGCGAGCCGGCGACGGAGCACGGGCGCGUAGAGACGCGCGUGAUGCGCGGGCCGGUGCGCGGCGCCGCCACCAUCACGGCGGGCGUGCGCACGCGCAGCGACGACGCGCGCCGCCCGGCCGCCGACUGCCUGCGCGGCGCCCUCGACAAGGCCGCCCCGCGGACGCCCGAGCGCCGGCGCGACUCGCGCGCGCAGUGGAAGAGGAAGUGACUGUGACAUCGAGCGUGAGGAGGAACUCGUCCGAAAAAACCGUUAGCAGUAGCACCAGCACUAAAACUUCUAAAGUAAUCGAGAGCAUGACGCGCGGCGCACCGAAGCCAGUGUCGCCGUUCGCCAAGUUCCGCCAGCUCGAGAAACAGAACUCCACCAACACCCCCAACUCGCCCAAGAGCCCGCAGAGCCCGGGCUCUCCGGCGAAGGCGCCGUACUUCAAGUUCACGGACCCGGCGCUGCAAGCCAGCGCGCUCACUAUUAAAGAGCGGUUGCUGCAGUGGUGUCGCGACAAGACCCGGGACUACGAGAAUGUGAAGUUGGAGAACUUCUCAACGUCGUGGGCGGACGGGCUGGCAUUCUGCGCGCUGGUGCACCACUUCCUGCCAGACGCGUUCGACUACUCCAAGCUGACUCCUGACAAACGCCGACACAACUUCACGCUCGCCUUCAAAAUUGCCGAUGAGAAGGCGGGCAUCUAUCCUUUGCUGGACGUCGACGACAUGGUGGCGAUGCGCAAGCCCGACUGGAAGUGCGUCUUCACUUACGUGCAGGCCAUUCAUCGCCACUUCAAGGACCAGCCUUGAUCCGAGCCAUCCGCGCCACUCAGCAAUGCGUGUCUUGUACACCGAAACGCACUGUUUUGUCGCUCGCAAACUUGGUUGCCAAAGAAUCUGUUCGUUCCUUGCGAAAGAAAGUUUGCAUCCGGGAAAACAGUGGCCUCGAUAGUUUAGGCUGACGCUAGAAGUAGUCGAACGGUUAUAGUCACAAAAUGUAUAAGAUUGUGGUGAGUCUGUAGGUACGGAUAGUUUAGUCCAAAGAGCGUAUGUUGUUAUUGUUGUUGUCGGCGCGCGGAGGCCGCGUCUGCCCACUCGUUGUUUCUCCACUCGCUGUCUCGAUACACUCCUCCUAUUUAUUGUAAUCUCAAGAUGUAUGUGAUUUUUUUAUAUUAGCUGUAAGUUACUAAUACGAGCGGUUACUUGUAGGUCGUAGUCUGUAGGUUAUGCGUUUCGCUGCGGGCGCCCGAGCCGCGCGCGCCGGCCGCGGGGAUCGCUUCGACUUAUUCGUCCACAUAAGAAAGUGGAAUCCCCGCUGCGCCGGCGCCGGCCGCGACGCCCGCGCUCGGACGCCCUGCCGACCUUUAACACGAGCUAUCGUUUUAUCCAACUUGACAUUAACAGCGGCUUACUGAUUUUAUGAAUUUGAUAUUAUAAUUAUUUUACGAAAACAUUAUUUAUAUGGAUAUAAUUGAAAAUAAAUAUGAUUAACAAGUUGGUGGCGUUUCACUCGUCUUUAUUGCACUAAGUCUUAAUUGCGGGGUCAGGCGGGCGCGUGCGCGACGAGGCGCCGCGCGACCACCGCGGCCGCGAGCAGCGCGCAGCACGCGAUCGUCGCGCCCAAAAGCAACACGAA